CGGUUAAAGCUAAGUGACGGAGAAUGUCGGAGAACCUCUCCUAUAAAAGUCCAUUGUGAACAUAUUCGACAUCACGCGAGAGCGAAUCGCCGGGAUACGUGCCAGAAAAAACAAGUAAUCGGGUCGUCGCGUUAAGAAAAGUGAGUGUCCGUUCGUCCCGCGUGAUAGACGCGGGGCUUCCGACAAAAAAGUAUCAUUCGCGGGUCGAAUUGAGUCGCGCGAGACGUACGUUAGAUUUGGGCAAUUGAUUUUUGACGUCGCCCUGAAUGCCGUGUCACUCCGUCGUUUCAUCCGUUCGGACACGAGUUGUAACGAACGGCAGUCGUGAGUAAAUGCGCUUGCAAGAAAAACUGAAGUAUUCAAAUUUCAUAGUUUGCAUACUAAUCGGAGUUCUGUGGUGGCAAGAGGUUGAUACUAGCAAGAGAAAAAGAGAGAGUGUGUGUGUGUAUGUAUGUGUGAGAGAGAAAGAGCGUGAGUGAGUGAGUGUGGUGUGUAUAUGCGUGUGUAAAUAAGUGAAUGAGGAAAAGAGAGGAGAUGCGCGUGAGAAAGAGAGAAUGAGGGCGAGAGGGAGGAAAAAAGGGAGGGAGGGAGAGAGAAAGAAUGGGAACAAGAGAGAUGCCAUCGACCUUGCUUUUCUAAAAUGGAGCAAAGAGGGCUUUUGUGUAUGUGUGUGUGCGUGCGUAUGCGUGUGCGUGCGUAUGCGUGUGUGUGUGUGAAGCGGGCGAGUGAGUGCGCAAACGCGCUUUAUACCAAUCACAAGCUCUCUUCUUUCGAACGGGUGAGUCUCUCGAAGUAGUCGAAACAUCCCGUCGCGGCAGGGGACUACGUAGCGUUAUCCGGGUAACGCUCCCUUCAAGCACAGUGUCCCCUGUCGGGGCCACGUACGAUCGUCGUCGUCCGCCGCGGUCCUUCCGCGCAAGGACUUCGAUGUAUGCAGAGUACUGUGUAGCGCCAUCCGAUCGCUUUGGGCGCCACGUUCAAGUGACACUAUGUCCCGCUAAUAAGGGGAUAGACAUCCAUAGAAGAGGUCGAAGUAGGAAGUCGCGUCGCGAGUGAUCAUGAAUCGGCCGGCGAUGUGCCCUUCUACUUUCUGUCGCCGUCACGAAGGCGAUGCCUGCGAAGAUGACACUUAUCCUCGUGGCAUGAACCGAACCCGAUCGGCUACGGAUUCAUCCGUUCGACUAAGCGUCGAUAUUAAAUUGACGUGCUACACCCGCCAUCGUCGCGAGUGCCGCUGUUGCUGUCGUCGUCGCCGACGCAGCGCGUUUAUUCGGCGUGUUAUUCGCGCGACUUGGCGCGCGACGUCGCAAUCGCGAUCGUUUAUGUUGCGACGCUCGAUCUUCGCGACUCGUGGCCCCGGGGCUGUCGGCGAUUCCGUGUGCUCGCGCGCGCGCGAGCGAGCGAGCGAGAUAAUCUCGAGUUCCUCGCGCAGGACUCUAACCGCGGUUUGACUCGCGCGCGGAACAUCCGCGACACGCAUGGAUCUCAUGGACACGCGGCCAGUCGAUCUUAAGGACGAGUGCUUCUGAUACAUCCGAUGGUCUUUUGGCACGUUUGCGGCAGUUUGGAACAUUAUCUUUAUAGAUGCAGCAUAUGAAGGAUUAAUAUUACUAAUCUCGGCAUUAUUACACUGGUGUGCCUAUAUUGACAAGAUAUUUUUUGCUGUACCUUCGUCUUCCAUCUUAUAUCUUUACUUAUAAGAGAUGUCAUCCCGAGAUUAUGACAGAAGAAGAGGCGGUAGCAGCAGUAAUUCGAGCAGGCUGCGAAUGGAUACGAGCGUAUCACAAUCCAGACCACAUGGCGAGAGUUCGAGCAAGCGAAAAGAGAUAGACAAUGUAAUGCGAAAAGCACGCGAGUCACAAUCGAGCUACUGGAACAAGAAGUUGUUGGAAGCAGAGGAGCGAGAUCCGAAUAGAUGGCGUCACAGCGGAUACAAAGAGUUAUAUGUUGGCAGUAGUACCGAACCUAGCAGGGGACAUCCUAAGAGUCCGAGAAGCCCGAGGUCGCGCAGUCCUCACAGUCCACGACCGCGCAGUCCUCGAACGAGGAGUCCACGAUCACCGCGCGAACGUUCUUCCCGCGAGCACAAUAAAAAUAGACCGACUGCUCGCAGUUCCAGCACGGGUAGCACAUGUUCUGACAGAUCAUGUUCCGUCUGUUCACCAAAAGAACGACGACGUGUCGCGCCACCAUCUCGCUCGCAUUCGAGAUCGAUCAGUCCGAUACGAACUAGGGCACAUCCCAAAGAAGUUAUUGCAUCUAGUUCACGAGCCUUACAGCCGCGUACUAGACCGCGGUCACCGCCUCUACCACGACCGCGUACACCACCGCCAGCGCCGCAACCGCCAUUGCGUCAUCAGAAGGAUUACAAGAACCUCAAGGAGAAAGAAGCCAAGGUUCGCCGUAAAGAAAAACAUCAUAGCAGAUUACCAGAGGAUCCACGAGUACCAGAUCCUAUCUCAUUGAUACGUAAACCGGUAAAAGUAGAAAAGACACAUACAAGUCAUGGAGCAUCACAAAUAAUGCGACCUCCACCAGAAUCUUCACCUAGUGACGAUAGCGACAGUUCCUCAACUACAUCUCAUGUCGGGCCACCAAAAAUGACAUUAUCUGAACGAUUUGGUAAGAUGGCGCAAUGGAGUGUGGAUCGUAGGGACAUGGAAAAUAUGCGCAUCACAAAAGAUGGCGAGAACGCGAUGAAAGUCGUUAUAGAAGGUGAGGAGAGAAUUGCACGCCUAGGCUACGAUUCGCCUCCUCCCGGACAUUAUCCUGAGUCACUUCUGGCGCAAGGACCAAGAGGUUUCGAGUGUUGGGACGAUGUGCGCGUCCGAUAUGAUUAUUACAAGGCAAGGGGAUAUCUACGUGACCUCACUCUCGAUGAUUAUAUCAAAUGGGAAGAAUGGUGGUACAAGUAUCAGGAAUGGCUCGAAGCCGAACGUUUCUACGAGCAGUGGGCUUCGUCAAAUCGUCCAUCUGGUGGCAGUCGCAAGAGACGAGGACGACGCAAUAACGCUACUCAUUAAAAUAUACAACACAAAUCUCUGUUAUGAUUUAUGCUCGAUUUAUUGACAGAAUAAGCAGUGAUAUCCGUAUGCUUAGAGUAUAUAUAAGAAAUAUGUAUGUAUGUAUAAGCUAUGUAUCGUAAUAAAAAAAGGAUGUUUGUGCAAAACAAGAAAUCGCACGGUUUGAAAAAUAUAGUCGAGGAUUUCAGAGA